UCGGGAGCAGGGUGGCUCUGGCCCUGGAUCGGGCACCAGUGGCGGUGGCGGCGGCAGCGGUGGCCCGGGCAGCGGGUACAUCGGCAGGGUCUUCAGCAUCGGCCGGUACCAGGUGACGGUGGACGAGGUGCUGGCGGAAGGUGGAUUUGCGAUAGUGUUUCUUGUGAGGACUAACAAUGGGAUGAAAUGUGCCCUGAAGCGAAUGUACGUCAAUAAUGAGUAUGACUUGCAAGUCUGCAAAAGAGAAAUCCAAAUCAUGCGGGACCUAUCUGGCCACAAGAACAUUGUCGGAUACAUUGAUUCCAGUAUAAACUCAGUAAGCAGCGGCGACGUGUGGGAAGUGCUGAUACUAAUGGACUUCUGUCGAGGAGGUCAAGUGGUGAACCUCAUGAACCAGCGCCUGCAGACAGGGUUCACGGAGAAUGAGGUCCUGCAGAUCUUCUGUGACACCUGUGAAGCUGUAGCCAGGUUGCAUCAGUGUAAAACGCCAAUAAUCCACAGGGAUUUGAAGGUUGAAAACAUCCUGCUGCACGAUCGUGGCCACUAUGUCCUGUGUGACUUUGGAAGUGCUACUAACAAGUUCCAGAACCCUCAAACAGAAGGGGUGAAUGCGGUGGAGGAGGAGAUCAAAAAGUACACUACGUUAUCCUAUAGAGCACCAGAAAUGGUCAACCUGUAUAGUGGCAAACUUAUUACUACAAAAGCAGACAUAUGGGCCCUUGGCUGUUUGCUGUACAAGCUGUGUUACUUCACCUUGCCAUUUGGGGAGAGUCAGGUGGCAAUCUGUGAUGGCAAUUUCACCAUUCCAGAUAAUUCUCGGCACUCGCAAGACAUGCACUGCCUCAUCCGGUAUAUGCUUGAGCCAGACCCUGAUAAGAGACCUGAUAUUUAUCAGGUCUCUUACUUUGCAUUCAAAUUGGCAAAGAAGGAAUGCCCAGUCCAGAACGUCCAGAACUCUCCAAUCCCCACUAAACUCCCAGACCCGGUUAAAGCAAGUGAAGCUGCUGCAAAGAAGAGUCAACCAAAGGCCAGGCUGACAGAUCCCAUCCCUACGACAGAAACUUCCAUAGCACCCCGCCAGAGACCUAAAGCAGGGCAGACACAACCCAACCCUGGAAUUUUACCCAUUCAGCCAGCCCUGACGCCUAGGAAGAGACCCACGGCUCAAGCAGCCAUUCAGCCACAAGUUGCAGGACCUGCUGCCCUGAGCAGUGGUCAGCCUUCGCUCCCUGCAAGUGUCCCCCCGCAAAAAGCAGCACCUCAACAGACUCCGGCACAGCCACAAGCCAAGCAGGCACCAGCUCCGCAGCAGGCCUCGCAGGUGCAGCCCCAGGUCCCUUCUACUCAGCCACAAGCCACACCUCAGCAUCAACAGCAGCUUUUCUUGAAGCAGCAGCUUCUACAACAGCAGCAGCAGCAGCAGCAACAGGCUGCCUAUUACCAGCAGCAGCAGAUGAUGCAAGCUCAGCAGUUCCCAGUGAUGCAGCAAGGAGCACCAGCACAGCAACAGCUGAUGCAGAACUAUUACCAGCAGCAGCAACAGCAGCAGCAGAUGAUGGCCCAGCAGGCAGCAAUGCAGCAGAAGACAGCAGUAGCAGCAGUUCAGCAAAAGCAACAAGCCCCAGCACCGCCGCAGCCCCAGGCCCAGCCAAGUGCGGCCCAGCCAGCGCCACCGCAGGAGCAAGUGAUGCAGGCACAAAUGAGGCAACAGCAAAAACCUCAAACCACACCCCCCACAGCCGUGCAAGGGCAGAAGCUGGGCUCUCUCACCCCUCCGUCCUCCCCCAAGACGCAGCGUGCAGGACACAGGAGGAUUCUGAGCGAUGUGACCCAUAGUGCGGUUUUUGGGGUUCCAGCCAGCAAGUCUACCCAGCUCCUGCAGGCGGCUGCUGCUGAAGCCAGUCUCAACAAGUCCAAAUCUGCUUCCACCACACCCUCGGGUUCCCCAAGGACCUCACAGCAGAAUGUCUACAACCCGCCCGAUGUCUCCACGUGGAAUCCGUUUGAUGAUGAUAACUUCUCCAAACUCACAGCUGAGGAGCUGCUGAACAAGGACUUUGCAAAGCUAGGUGACGGGAAAGCUCCAGAAAAGAUGGGCAGUUCCACUGAGAACUUGAUUCCUGGUUUCCAGCCGGCUUCAUCUGCAGCCCAACCGGAUGCAUUUGGUGGCUCUUCCUUCACUGCUGGAUCAGCUGAAAAAACGAAAGACAUUCUGAGUUUGGACACUAGCCCUCCUCUUCUGACUGUGCCUGAUCCUUUCAUUCCUCUCCCAUUAUCCGACACGCCAGAAAAACUGAUUGAGGGACUCAAAUCUCCUGAGACUGCGCUUCUGCUCCCUGAUAUCCUGCCUCUCGCUGACCCCUUCGGUAGCACGUCAGAUGCUGUGAAUGGAAAACCUGACGUAGCUGUUGAGAGUCUCAUACCGGGCCUCGAGGCUCCAUUGCCCCAGCGCCUUGUGUCACAGACUGAGUCGGUUGCCUCCAACAGAACAGACUCUCUCACUGGGGAAGACUCUCUGCUUGACUGUUCUCUGCUUUCUAACCCUGCUGCUGACCUCUUGGAUGAGUUUGCUCCCGUAGCUUUCGCAGCUCAACCUCACAAAGAAGAUACUAACCUGAUAUCAGGCUUUGAUGCUCCUGAGGGCUCUGAAAAAGUGACAGAAGAUGAGUUUGACCCAAUUCCAGUGUUGAUAUCCAAAAAUUCACAAGGUGGGCAUUCUAGAAACAACAGUGGAAGCUCUGAGUCCAGUCUUCCCAACAUAGCCAGGUCUUUACUGCUGGUGGAUCAGCUCAUAGACCUGUAGCAGUGACACAGUAGCAGACGCAGUUUCUGUAACGUACCUAAUCCUCUGUUUUCAUUUCCAGAAGAGUUACCUUCAGUUGUGGUUAUUUUGGGCUUUUUUUUUUUUCCCUCCUUAAUUAAAAGAAAAAGAAAUCUGCCAACAGGAGACAGUCACCCACCUUUCUCUCUGUCUUCCCAUGCCCUGGGAAAGAUUCUGUCUCAGUUCUCCAGGUAGUCCUCUCUAAAGCUGGUAAAAACCCGUGGUGGUUCCUUCUGCACCUGUCUUUGCUAGCCUAUGUCUAAAGGGAGCACCGUCCUUAGCCGCCCUGCUGAGAUGUACACGUAGCACCAUGGAAAGCCUAACUGUAAAUGGAUUAGAUAAUCGUAGCUGAUGUAUGAUCCCCGCGUACAACAGACUCCUUUCUCCUUAGACUAGCGUGUGAACAACUGUGUUUCAAUCUUUGCGUUUGUGUUUUUGGGUUUGGUUUUUGUUUUGUUCCUGUUUUCUGAUGAAUGGGCAGGAGGAAGGGGACAGGUGAAAUCUGUAGGGAUGCCCCUCUCCUGCAGAAUACAGGUUAGGAGAGCUGAUGUUUCUAAAUUGCCAGUAUAUGCUUCAGAGGAGGAGGAAGCACCGAAUUCCUCUGAAGUAGUCUUGCCUAGUACCUCUGGUGAUGGUGCAUAUGAAGAGAGUUUUCCGGACUGCCCCCAGCUAAUGGUUUGCUGUUUAACAAUCCUGCUUGUGAAUGAACUGCGCUUCCUUGGGGGAGGGGGAAAAAAAAAGAAAAAAGAAAAAAAGAAAAGAAAAAAACAAAACAGAUUGUUAAAGCUGCAAAAAUGACCCUAAGUGAAAUAUAACAAGGUUUUGAACAAAAUACAUGUGAGUAUGGCUGUGACUAGCAUUUUGUUGACCUUUUUUGGAUGAAAAGGGCAUUGUGGCAGCAGCAGAUGUAUUCUCUGUGACUUCUUUUCUGUGUUUGAAUUGAAAAAAAGAAAAUCCCCCCAACCUACUGUAAAUUGUGUAUGAAACAAAUUGUCCUACGGUUGUUUGUCUAUUUUUAAUCCUGGUUUUAGUCAAGCAUCUGGUAUCUGUUCUGGGUUCCCCGUUUUCUCUUGUAACUGCAUAUAGUGCAAACCAGUUAAGUAUGGAACCAUUUGUUUCAGUAGACAAAGAUUACUGUGGACUUUAUUCCACUCUUCAGUCUUUGUGGAACAAGCAUGCACUUGGUUCAGAUGGUUUGAAAUAAGUGCUGCUACAACUUGAUGGGUUUUACCUUUUUCUUUUUCCCUUCACAUGCUUAGUUUGUCAACUAGCUGGAUACGCUAAACUUGUUUUCAUUGGCUUAUGGUCAUGAAGUCCGGAAUUUCUAUCUUGUAUUUGAAAGCUCUUUCUGAACAGAAGGACUCUUCCUCUGUAGUGGAAUAAUUACUAGCUUACUGCUAACCUUGUGUAUGUGUAUGUAGCUGUAUUAGUAAAAGUGCAGUUUCCCAUGUGCGAAAGUAUGAACGACUGAAAUAUGUAUGUACUGACCUCUCGCUAAGAAGGAAAGAAAUCAAAGUUCGUGACUACUCCUUUCCUAUCUCCAGUCUCUCCGCUAUUCCCCCACCCCAACACUUAGUUUAACAAAUUCUGUAAAUAGAAGUACCAUCAAUUGUGUCUGCUCUACAUUACUCUUCUUUUAAAACCUACACUUAAUAAUAAAAGUAUUGCUUAAGUGUGUUGUAUCAUUACAUGUGUAUACUGCACUUUCCAAGAGAAGCUUUACAUGAGAACUAUGGAAAUGACCUUAGUAAAAUUGUGGAUAGAACUUUAUUAUUUUUUUGUUUUAUAUUCCUAAAGCACAGGCAAGCUGGACUGGAAAACAUGAAGACGCUAUAGAUAGAAAGUUAUUGUAUAGUCAGAUACUGAGAUUAUAUGAAAAGAGAAUGGAUUUUAAAAAGUAACCAUCUACUGUAUAUUAGAAACAAAGAUUUCUGUGAAUUAAAGUACUUUUAAAGAAUGUUUAAGAUUUUAAAUCUAAUGGCACUUGUUCAAGGGUUCUGGAAAAAAUAUAAAUGCACUGGGUUGUUAAUAAUGCUAUUAAAUAAGCAGAUGUGAAUGUUUAUUUUAUUGCUUUUUCAAGUAGCUAUUCAUGGAUCUGGGUGGGAAAUACGAUACAAUGGAAGCGUACAUUUUUAGAGAUGUCUAUUAUCUAGACCUCCUUCAUCAGAAAAUACUCACCACUUAUUUGUGAAAUGAAUGGAAAAUGCAAGAGAGAUGAAAUGAGUGGAUAUUUGGGAUUCAUUUUAAGCUCUCCAAAAAAUGUGACUGUCCUACAGGCAUUAGGUUAGUGUUGGUAUGCUGCUCAAAAGUUGAGGAGUUUGUGUGAAAGCUGCUGCUGUGAAGGAACAAACUGAACUUUCAUCCAGUGUCUGCAUGGGAGCAGUUUGGUACCCAGCAUUCCCAAAAUGGCGUAAGAAUGAAUCGCUCUUAUAGCUAUGGGUGGAGCCUUGUUUGAAGCCAUGGGAGAUGUUUCUGUCCCCUUUUAAUGGUCAUAGGUGGUGUUAAGUAACAGAAUACAAACCUGCAGUCAGCAAAAUCAGUGAUUCUCCUCUCUGCCCGGUAUGUGGUGUUCAUUCACGUUGGGAGGACAGAGGAGCCUUUCUGCCCUAACAGGCUGGAGCUUGUAGUAGUGUUUUUGGCAUGAACUAUUUUGAUGGAUCCUCCUGAUAGGAUACUACAAAUGCAACCACAGUACACGGAGCGUUUUCCUUUCAAGUCAAGGUUGUGCUUUGGAUGCAAGAAUAAACUCUGGUUUUGGGGUGGCAAGAUGUUCAAAGGAAUAGUUGGAACUUAGAUGUUGGUUCUCGCUUACUCUGAGGGGGCUUGGGUUUUGAACUGCCCCUGCCUUUGGAUAUGUCCCCAGUUCAUCUUUUAACCAGAUAAGCACAAGUGUCGCACCCCCAAUACAGAGAUCAGCAAAUUUGUAUUGUAUCUGACAAUAUCCACUGUGUUGGGAGCAUCUGUCCCAAAACCAGAAGGUGCUGCAGCUUCCUGAAUUCUGGCUGUCCAAGACUUCAUGGGGUUCCUUGGGACUUGGCCAAGUAUGAAGGACUUGGCCAGGGCUGCAGGCACCGUGCAACCUGCUGGAGAAGUCUGAGAGAUGGGUGGAAGAAUCUUAGCACUGGUGGCUUUGUGGCAGUUCUGCAUCUUCUAACGGCCCAUUUACCACAAGCAAAUGGCAGCUUGAGUGAAUCUCUGUAGAGCAAAAUGAUUUUCAGAGGAGGCUUCUUGUAAAUGAAUGAUGAUGGCAUUCUUCAGCCUGAAAGCUCACAGGAUAUUGCCUCCAGUGACUUUCCAAAACCACCUUAU